CCACCGUGACCUCGACCUCCGACUGCAGCGCUGACUCUGCAUUGACCUUGUGAGAGCCGCCAACGCAUCGCACAGCAGCCAUGGCCGAAGUACAGCAGCCAGAGGGCCAGCCCGCGGGGCAGAGCAUGCUCCGGACGGCCGCGCAGAGCAUUGGCAUGUUCCUGCUCAUCCAGGGUGGCAUGAAGUACUUCCUGAAAGCUCCUGCGCCUGUCGCUCAGCCCGGACAGGCGCACUCGGCGGCCCCCAGCGGUGGAGUGGCCGUCUCGAUCCCCGCGUGGGAGAAUCGCCCGCACCAGCUCGACGCGGGCGCCGAUUACAGUCGUGUGCCGUGGAACAUCGCGCCCAUGUGGCAGGUCGGCGAGGAGCUUGAUAUCUCCAUGUACAUAUCGCCGUCGGUGGCGAUGCCGGCGCUCAAGUCGGUGCCCAAGGCCUCGCAGCUGAUUGACGAGAAGAAGUUCGUCUACGGCGACUACAAGCAGAACCGCGAGAUCCACGUCGAGUUUACCGUGCCCACCGAAGUCCAGCACAAUGCCUCCCUGCUCGCGCAUUUCUACGUCGGCAAGAGCGGCGCCGUGCUGGAUCCCACCCAGCCUGGCUACGAUCCUGCCCGCGCCUACCACUUCAUCCGCCCAUUGACGCAGUAUCAGCCCAAGAAGAAGGUCUCCAAGACUAGGAACCUACUCAGCGACAUGCCCGAGAAGGACGCCGUCGAGACAGAGGACGAGAAGAAGGCGGGCAAGGUCAUCGGCAACUACUACCACCCCAACUUCACCAUCUCCAUGAUCCCGGACUCCGGCGUGCUCAGCUACCCACAGAUGCAGCCUGGGCCCAGGAAGUAUCUGCAGCUUGAAGCAACCGGCCAGCGCGAUGCAUCUGGCCAGCAUGGCUGGUACUACCCGAUUCUCUACACCAACACUUUCUGGCAGCUCAAGAAGCACAUGAUUGAGCUGAACGACACGGUCACGACGCUGCCGAUGAACGUCAACCUGAACAAUCUUGCCAACUGGAAGUUCAACCUGAUGGCCUCGGUCGACGAGAACCUGCGCAGUCAGGCCGCCGCCGCUGCUGCUGGCCAGUCGACUCCGGGUGGUGGCGACGGGUCCGAGAUGGAGAUGUUCAAGGAGAUCCUGAUUGACAGCAACUCGUACCUGCUCGCCAUCACAGCCAUCGUCUCCGUAUUCCACAUGAUCUUCGAAAUGCUUGCGUUCAAGAAUGACGUCCAGCAUUGGCGCAAGAAGAAGGAUAACGUCGGUACCUCGGUCCGCACCAUCGUCGCCAACGUCUUCAUGCAGACCGUCAUCUUCCUGUACCUCCUCGACAACAAUGAGAACACCUCCUGGAUGAUCUUGUUCGGUCAGGGUAUGGGUAUCGCUAUCGAAGCCUGGAAGAUCACCAAGACGGCCAACAUCCGCGUCCGCGCCACCGCUCCCGGAUCUCUCAUCCCCUACACUGUUGUCCUAGAAGACAAGCACGUCGCUUCUGAGAUCGAGAAGAAGACUGAAGAGUACGACCAGAUCGCCUUCAAGUACCUGUACAUGGUCGCCGUUCCCCUCCUCAUCGCCUACGCCAUCUACUCACUCAUGUACGACACGCACAAGAGCUGGUACUCUUUCAUCAUCACCACGCUCGUUGGCUCCGUCUACGCUUACGGCUUCCUCAUGAUGGUGCCCAGCCUGUACAUUAACUACCGCCUGCAAUCCGUCGCCCACAUGCCCGGCCGCGCCAUGACCUACAAAUUCCUCAACACCUUCAUCGACGACCUGUUCGCCUUCACCAUCAAGAUGCCCACGCUGCACCGCCUGGCCACGCUGCGCGACGACGUCAUCUUCUUCGUCUACCUGUUCCAGACGUGGAAGUACAAGGUUGAUUACACCCGUGUCAAUGAGUUUGGCCAGGGUGGUGAUGAUGAGGAGGUCGAGGAGAAGGAUGCGAAUCGCCCGCUGCAGGCGCAUCCUGAUGGGGAUAAGAGCCCGAAGACGCCGAAGGCGGUUGAGGCCAUGCACGAGAAGGAGGCUGUCAAGGCGACGGGCGCGCAGAAGCAGGGCGCGAAGAAGAGGAAGUGAGGGUGUUGUAUAUGGUCUAUUGGACGAGUGGAGGCUGUGAUUAAGGGGUUGCCGUGUUAGGUUGAGAGUAUGUAGAGUAAAUAUUUUAAUUGUGUGUAACGUAGCGGCGCAUGAGCUCGUUCUCGCUGCGUGUCUGUUUCAGUUCUUCCUCUCGUCAACAUCUCUCAAUGCUUUUUCCUCUCAUCCCAUUUAUGGCUUCCCUCCCCUCUCGUGGUUCCUCAAAACCUCCACUUCUGCACCCCGUAUCUCCAUUUACAGCCCCACCUUAUCUAAUAGUGGAAAACAGGAGUAUCUGGAUA